AUGUCUUCAGCUACCGUCACGGAGAAACCCCUGGUUGGCACAAUCGACAUCGUUCUAUUUGCUUCUUUUGUCGGCGUUGUGCUUUACUGGUUCUGUGGGCGAAAGAAAAAAACAGAGACUGUUCUUUCACAGAAACUCGUGUUAGCGUAAGUAUGUUUUCGCUUUGAUAAUUGUUCCAUGUUAAGUCGCUAUUUCGCUUUUUCGACAUUGAUUUGACUACUGCAUUUUACGUUUUAGUAUUAUGCAAUAAACUUUAGAUUACAGAUAGCUUAAGAUUAAUCACGAUCGCUGCAAUAUAUUCAUCUUGCAUUACAGUAAGUUACACUGAGUUAUCGAAAUUUCUAGUUUUGCUAGUUUUUUUCUGUGCUAAUCGUAGGUCAGCCUUGAUGCUCACCUGUACUUUGUGCAUGUAUGAUGUGCCGGGGCCAGUGCAUGCAGAGAAUGCAAAUCAGCCGGUUCUUUAAUGUUUAUUUGGUUUUAACGGUUAGAAACUAUUACUGUAAUAUGUUGAUCUAAGUUUUAUCUUCUGGUUGAUCAACCACAUAUAAGUGAAUCAACACCUAAUGGUUCUUAUGAACAACCAAUCGCCUCCUAUUCUCACCUUUUGGUUAAUUAAUUAAUUUAAUAUGAGGAAUUAACACUGGAAGUGACCGACAGCUACUACAUAAUUAAUAAUCUUGAAAACUUUGUAUGGUUUCAUAUUGUGUAUGUAGUCCUGGGAGACCAAGGGACAAUCAGUCUGGUUGAGAGAAAUGGUGCAACAAAAGUUGUCAAGCUCAAGCAGAGGUUUCCUUUGGUCCCUCUCAAAGUGAUUCUCACACAUGAAUGUCUGGACCAAAAUUCUUCAAAUUUAUGAACUGAGCGAUAUCGAUCUAGACUGUACACAAUACUUCAAAAGUAGCAGAGGAGGGGGGAGGCAGGGGAGGCUGCGGCCCACCCCAAACAAAAUUUGGGGGAGCAGAGCCCCUACGUUUUGGUGGCGAAAAACACUUUUUUUAUCCAUUCUGUAAAGUUAAACCUCCAUCUCAUGCCUAGGUCUACCUAACAGCUGCACUUAUUGUCUGACACUUCUGCAUUGUUUUUGUUGUUGUUGUUAAAAGUAUCAUAUAGUUGUUUAGUAAGUCCUGUUCACUCAACAGUCCUACAACUAGAGUUGCUCAAGAAGACACAAGUUUUAUUGGAAAAAUGAAAAAAUCUGUAAGUCCAAUGUCAGCCAUUUGUUAUUUUUUAUACCUUCUAAAUCCCUAAAAAGUACAAAAUUAAAACCCUUUUGCUGAAGUUCAUAUUAACCUUUGCAGUAUUGUGCUAUAAUAAUAUUUAUUGGCACCUAUGUCAUACAUAAAUUAUUGUUGAUCUAUACUUGGGUUUAAACAGCUAGUAUGAAGGAAAAAAAAUGUCUUACAGCUACAUUGUAGACCUUUUGAAAUACACCAUAAUACUCUUUUGAGUACAGAUUUGGAUGAUGCACUCAUCUUACUACAAAGGGGGCAGUGGGAACACUGCCAUUUAUGGACUAAUUGUAGCUACAUUGAAAACCGAGGCUGUGCUCUAAAGAAAAUUGAAGGGAGCUUGGUGCUCUCAACCUGCAAAAUAUAGGGUUCCCAGCAUAUAAUUUGUAUGAAAAAAAUAAGAUUUUUUAGUCACACAAGGGCAAACGUUAGGCGCCAUGAGCUACUAGGCACUGCUAGAGCACAGCCCUUAAAACAAUAAAAAAAGCUAAGCACAAGGCCACAAGCUCAAACUAUUGACAUUACAUGAGGGCACACUCGCUAUGAAGCAACUUUUGAAUGGUUAAGUAAUAUAUUUUUACUUGGGUUUUAAAAUAAGCAUAUGUACUUAACUCUAUUACCUGUUCAAUAACAAAGGUAUUCAUAGUACUUUUCAGGUGAUAUGUGGAACCACAUUAUUAUCACUCAUUGUUUUUAGUGCCAGCUUGCUGUCAUUGCUGCCUGUGGCAUUUCUUUUGCAGGGAAAAUGUAUUGCAAUAUUCUAUGGGUCUCAAACAGGAACAGCGGAAGAGUUUGCUGGUCGCUUGGCAAAGGAUGCUCAGCGUUAUGGGUUGAAAGCUCUAGUACUAGAUCCAGAAGAGUGUGAUAUGGUGAGUUAGUGUACAGCUGUACAUGUAUUUGUUGCAGAUCUUUUCAGGAUUUUGUGAAAUGGGUUUUAGAAUAAUUUAUUGGAACAUGUAUACAAAUGAUGCAAACAAAUGUCACAAUUCAUCGGGAUGUAAAGAAUGUACUGUCCCACUUGUGUGUACAUAUGAAUAUUAUUUUUAUACUGGUGUAUGAAAAUACCAAUAUUCUUCCAGCAAUGAAAACAUUUUUUCUAAAGAAAACGAGUACCUUUUCAAGAACUGUAAUACUGUACAGGUAGUCGAAGCCUACAUACAAUUUUCAAUAAACCACAAUAACUGUAACUGGUGUUUACUGGGAAAUUACAGUGUAGGCCUUGAUAAGCUUGGAAAAGUGUAGGUUAUUUACAGUGUACAAGCAGGUUUUUAACGUAGUGUAAAACUAUAAAAUAAAUAACAAAAGUUGGUAAUUUUUAUUGUCAGUCCAUAUUCUCCUNGGAAAAUGUAUUGCAAUAUUCUAUGGGUCUCAAACAGGAACAGCGGAAGAGUUUGCUGGUCGCUUGGCAAAGGAUGCUCAGCGUUAUGGGUUGAAAGCUCUAGUACUAGAUCCAGAAGAGUGUGAUAUGGUGAGUUAGUGUACAGCUGUACAUGUAUUUGUUGCAGAUCUUUUCAGGAUUUUGUGAAAUGGGUUUUAGAAUAAUUUAUUGGAACAUGUAUACAAAUGAUGCAAACAAAUGUCACAAUUCAUCGGGAUGUAAAGAAUGUACUGUCCCACUUGUGUGUACAUAUGAAUAUUAUUUUUAUACUGGUGUAUGAAAAUACCAAUAUUCUUCCAGCAAUGAAAACAUUUUUUCUAAAGAAAACGAGUACCUUUUCAAGAACUGUAAUACUGUACAGGUAGUCGAAGCCUACAUACAAUUUUCAAUAAACCACAAUAACUGUAACUGGUGUUUACUGGGAAAUUACAGUGUAGGCCUUGAUAAGCUUGGAAAAGUGUAGGUUAUUUACAGUGUACAAGCAGGUUUUUAACGUAGUGUAAAACUAUAAAAUAAAUAACAAAAGUUGGUAAUUUUUAUUGUCAGUCCAUAUUCUCCUCUUUUGUGUGCCAUGCUACAUUAUUGUAAUCACUCCCUGCCCAGUUUGUUACCCAAUGUUUAAUUUCCUUUCUUGCCGAGAGAGUGAGAGAGUAAAACCAAAGAAUUUUGACUGAGUUUAAAAAAAUAAUAUUGUCACCUAUUCAGAAAACUCUGAACACCUGGCUGAAGUAUUGAAGGAAAGUUUGUUGUCUUAUGACUUGUCACAACAAAGAUCAGGACGCAGUAGCAAACCUCAAACCACAAACUAAUUACUGUUGCUGCUCCCUUCUUCAGUUUUCUUGCACCUGGUUGGCUUUUUUCUUGCAACACAGUAACAUUAACAAUUAUUUCUGGCAUUCAUGGUUUUCAGAGUUUCACAGGAACAUACAGUUUCAUAUUACCAAGCAUCAAUUUAUAUCAAACCAUUUGACUUAGGUUACUUUGCAACUGUAAGAAAUGUUGUAUCACGAAAACAAGUCAUGUAUUGCCGAUUUUUUUUUUAAAGGAAGAACUCACUCGCAUGGGUGAAAUUGAGAACUCUCUGACGAUCUUUGUAAUGGCUACUUAUGGUGAGGGUGAUCCUACAGACAAUGCACAAGAGUUCUAUGAAUGGCUUCAGAAUGACCGGGAUGAUUUAGAUUGCCUUAAUUACACAGUAAGCAUGUACUUGCAUAUGUAGAAAUUAAUAAAUUAUAUAAACCAAGCCAAGCUUUUAAGGAGACAUUCUGCUAAAAUACUUGCUAUUCACAUAAAGCAAUAAACUUUUUUAUUAUAUAGAUACUGAUGAAAUUCCAGGAUUUUUCCUUUUUCCAAAAAAUCAUAUCUUCAUCGCGUGCAAAGAAGAUACUAAUUUUAUCUCUCAUGUGUGAGAAUAUUGGUGUCGCCAUGGUUACUAACACACUUUUGACUUUUUGGAACAGAAAAUAUAAGUACUAUUGUCUUUAUUUCUCCUUUAUAACUUUAUAUCCGAGUUUCAUAACACUUUUGUGACAAGCUUUUUGCGAUAUGUGACCACUUUAAUUACAAUAUUUUGGUCUUUCAAAAAUGAAUAAAGAAAAGUCGUGUUUUAUGUAGGAAUUUCAUCAGUAUCUAUAAAAUAAACAAACAUUACACGGCCGCUUGGGGAUACAAAUCUUCUCGUGCUGAAAGUAUCUCUCAUAUCUCUCACUCGUCAGCUUCGCUCACUUGUGAGAGAUACUUUCAGCACUCGAAGAUAAAAUUCGUAUCCCUGUGUGGCCAUGUCAUAUCCUCUAUAUCCAUUGCAAUUGUGGUAAAUUACCUCUGACACAAAAAUUUAAGACCUUGAGUUUGUGAUCCAGUGAAAAAGUAUCAAGUGGUGUGCAGUCUAUUUCAUAUCACUAGGGAUAUGUGUUUCCCGGGUAUGGGAACUCAUAUCACUAGGGCUAUGUGUUUCCUGUGUAAGGGAUCAGUUAUCAUUAGGGCUGUGCUUCCUGGUUAGGGGAACACAUAUCACUAGGGAUAUGUGUUUCCUGGGUAGGGGAACACAUAUCACUAGGGAUAUGUGUUUCCCAGGUAGGGGAACACAUAUCACUAGGGAUAUGUGUUUCCUGAGUAGGGGAUCAGUUAUCACUAGGAAUAUGUGUUUCCUGAGUAGGGGAACACAUAUCACUAGGAAUAUGUGUUUGCUGAGUAGGGGAACACAUUUCACUAGGGAUAUGUGUUUCCUGGGUAGGGGAACACAUAUCACUAGGGAUAUGUGUUUCCUGGGUAGGGGAAAACAUAUCACUAGGGAUAUUUGUUUCCUGGGUAGGGGAAGACAUAUCACUAGGGAUAUGUGUUUCCUGGGUAGGGGAACACAUAUCACUAGGGAUAUGUGUUUCCCAGGUAGGGGAACACAUAUCACUAGGAAUAUGUGUUUCCUGAGUAGGGGAUCAGUUAUCACUAGGAAUAUGUGUUUCCUGAGUAGGGGAACACAUAUAACUAGGGAUAUGUGUUUCAUGGCAAGGGGAACACGCAUCAUUAGGGAUAUGUGUUUCCUGGAUAGGGGAACAAAUGUUACUAGGGAUAUGUGUUUCCUUGGUAGGAAAACACAUAUCACUAGGGAUAUGUGUUUCAUAGGGGAACACAUAUUACUAGGGAUAUGUGUUUCCUGGGUAGGGGAACACAUAUUACUCGGGAUGUGUGUUUCCUUGGUAGGGGAACACAUAUCACUAGACAUAUGUGUUUCCUAGAUAGGGGAAGACAUAUCACUAGGGAUAUGUGUUUCCUAGAUAGGGAAGACAUAUCACUAGUGAUAUGGCUUAGGUUACAUGCCACUGAUCACCAAAGCCACGCGAACAACAGACCAUACCGCUAUGCUGAUUGAUCACUAGGGAUAUGUGUUUCCUGGGUAGGGGAACACAUAUCACUUGGGAUAUGUGUUUCCUUGGUAGAGGAACACAAAUCACUAGGGAUACGUGUUUCCUGAAUAGGGGAACACAUAUUACUAGGGCUAUGUGUUUCGUGGGUAGGGGAACACAUAUCACUAGGGAAACACAUAUCACUAAGGAUAUGUGUUUCUCAUGUAGCGGAACACGUAUCGCUAAGGAUAUGCAUUUCCUUGCUAGGAGAAGCAAGUUUAACUAAUGAUAUUGUGUUUCUUGGGUAGGGGAACACAUAUCACCAGUUACGUGUGGCUCCCAGACCCUUCACCUGGUGCUGGGCCUUUGUCUUCCUUGCCAGCUACUUUCUCUUAUUGUCCUGCUAUGUGAACCAUUUUUGACAACCCUGCUUAAUAUGUAUAACCUAAGGGAGGUGGGUUUUCUAUGGUUUAUAGGUUUGAUUCCUAGGAAUGGUUUUUAUAUGGCAGCUUGUAGUUGUUUAAGCAGCAUGAAUUUACUCUCUUAUUGAUCUAAGAGUAUUAUUUUGGUCUGUAUUUUUAGGUAUUUGGACUUGGGAACAAAACUUAUGAACACUACAAUGCUAUGGGCAGAUUUGUAGACAAAAGGCUUGAAGAAAUGGGGGCAAACCGGGUGUUUGAAAAAGGAGAAGGAGACGAUGAUGGAAAGUGAGUUUAGGUAGUCUUUUUUUCUAGCCACAUUAGCUAGUGCAGGCAUUUAUUUGUUCUUGCCCUGUCCAAACUAGAACAUGAUAGCACCUACACUUAUCCCUUUAAGUCUCAGGAGUGACAAAAAUCUAUUUUCUCUUAAUCAUGUCAAUAUGUAAUCAAGAGGAAAUAUCAUGAGAAUUGAUAAAUUGAUCACUUAAGUGAAAAUGCUUUGUUAACCAAAUAAUUCUCUUAACUGGUUCUUGAAUGUGGAGAAUUUUUGUGUGGAUAUUGGGGUUUAAGUUAUAAUGGAUACAUGUAUGGCUACAUGCAUGCUACGCAUGCGUAAUAACAACAUGGAGAUUAGGAUUGUGGGCUCCUCUUGUCACCUGCAAAAACUUAUCUGGAACAAAAGUAAUAUGUGUUGGAAAUGCCACCUGGUGUUGGCAUCUAUUUUUGACAGGCCUUCUAAUCGCAAUAAAUGUCAAUUUCACAAGAAUUAAGAUUGUACAGGUAAAAUUCUAAAAAUUUCAUGUGUAAGACGUAAUUUUGUGAAAUUUGACAUUCAUUUUCAUGGGCUCCGAUGAGAAAUUUUUUUUGGUGUUACUACAAAUGAUUUGUUACAUCUUUAGCCCUUGAAAAAUGUAAGAAAGAAUGCAAUAUGCUUUAAAUUAUUCUGGUACAAGAUUUUUGUCCACUGAAAAUCAAAAUUACUCAAUGUCCUGAUGGAUUCUGUCUUAAAGUCAUUUGAACUUAAAUGCAGCAUUAUUCACCAAGUUAUGAUAAGAAACUAUAUUUUUUUGUCAUUUUUUUAAUCCUCAUUGUUCAUGUUGCCCUUUUUCUAAAAUAAUGGUGUUCUGAUCCAAGAUUGUGGAUCAAAGAGAGUGGUUGUUUGGAUUCAGAAAAUGGUUGCAUGAUUCCCUUUGUAAAUAAGGCAAAUGUUUCAUGUUUCAGCUUAGAGGAAGAUUUUGUAAGAUGGCGAGAGCAAUUCUGGCCAGCAGUAUUGAGUAAAUACAACAUCGAUAUCCGAGAAAUUAAGAGGUAAGUAACCUACCGGUACAUCAGUUGGGCUAUUAUUCUGGGCUGUCAUUAAAAUUUCGAGUUGCCAGGCUAGUGAUACAUGUAGAUGGGGAAUCAAACAGCUAAGGAUUUUGUUUUGUUCUAUUUGUCUUCUAUUUUCCUACAAACGUAAGUAGGGGUCACGCUCAUAACAGCCGGAGAAAAUCCCUGGCCCCUGGCCCUUAAUGACAGCCCUGGCUACUCAUAGUCAAAGACCACACAUAUUAAGGUUUAGUAUUUUUUGCUUGAAAAAGCGUAGUAGCCUUCAGUAAAUGGUCUGAUUUGUUGUGGUAGCACUCAUUUGAGGGCAGUGCUAAUUCGAGUGUAAAUAAGCACAGUCCAAGUAAUUAUUACUUAGACUGUGUUUGUUGUUUUCUUGUGUAUUAACACUGAGGUAUCUGAUACUCACCUCUAAAUUUUUGCAGGAGACUGUCAUCUUGUAUUGAACGUCAGUUCAAACUUGUGAUUCAUGAGGACUUACCUCAAGACAAGAUUUACACUGGGGAAAUGAACAAACUGAAGUCUUAUGUCACUCAACGUCCGUAAGUAUAUAUGUAUGCGUACAGUACAAUUGGCGUUUGUUUUAUUAGAAGAUCAAGGUCAAAAUAUCUUAACGUUAUUUGUAAGCAGAAUGGUGCAGUUUAUCAGUGGUCACAAAUAAGGGAAAUUUUCCAUGCUCUCUGACAAUCACCAUGUACGUAAUUUUUAUGCAUAUAUGUUCAAUGAUGUAUGAUUUGUUAUGUCUUUACCCUGUUUUUCAGGCCUUUUGAUGCCAAGAACCCUUUCUUGGCACCUAUGUUGGUGAAUCGUGAACUGCACAGAGCUGGCAACCGUUCCUGUAUGCACAUUGAGCUUGACAUCACCGGCUCCAAAAUAAAGUAUGUUUAGACUGAAUUUUAAAAUAUUGUUCAUUUCAUUGAUGUUAAUACAAAGUCACAUUUUUUUUUUGGCACUACCCCUUCCCAUCAUUAUCCUUUUCAUCAAUAUAAUCACUGUCAUUGUCCUCAUGAUCUAUGUACAUGUAGUGUUACGGCACCAACACUGCAAUUAUACCUCAACAACUUUCUUUAUUUGAUCAUUUUCUACACUGUUCUUAUUUUGCAUAUCAAUGUAAAAAGAGCUUUUUUAGAUGAUGUGGCACACCGUUUUCAAACUAGUAGCAGCAAUGACCAACGGAUAAUACAUAAAUUUUCAAAUAAAGAUUUUAUUUUAAAAAAGAAUCUUAAGUGGUACCCUUACCUGGCUUGACUGUAACUUAGGAAGUAGCUUGUCCUAGAGUAUUUCGCUUGCUACUCAGCGAUUGUAAUCUAGAGAUUCUGGUUUUAUUUGCUGUGCUGACCAUGUGGAUAGAUAAGUUUCUUUGUAAUCUUAAGUUCAUCUCCUCAAGUUUGUUUGUGAAUAGCUAAAUGAUUCAGUUACCCACUGUUAGGGGAAAUAAUCCUUUUGCCACUUGUGGUAUUAUCAGUUUUUGUUUUUAGGACCCUUUUACUCCCAGUGUGAAUGAUGGAGUCUAAUAGGGUGCUAAUUCUAACUUUGGAGUCUGUGGAGAUAAAACCUGCAUUGUGACUAUUCACAUGAAACCUCUUUGCUAGUACUUUCACACGGAAGUAUUUUUUUCAGCAUUUUACAAAAAGGGAAUUAGAAUUUUAAGUUUGGGCUUAACCCUUUUUUGGGGUGAAACGGUUAAUCAAAGUACAUCAACCUGGGUGAACAAAAAUGCACAGUAAUUAACUGACUUUGUCUUGUGUUUGAAGAUAUGAAGCUGGAGAUCAUGUGGCAGUUUAUCCUACCAAUGACCCUGAACUUGUAGAGAAGCUUGCAAGCAUGUUAAAUGUUGACCUGGAUGCUGUCAUCUCACUUCAAAACAGGGAUGGUGAGCAUAUAUUCAUUUAAUAUUAGAAAAGAAUAGAAUAGAAUAGAAAACUUUAUUAAUGCGUCGGAGCCGUAUAGCUUGGGAACAACCCUAUACUAAUUUGGGGACACAAAUUAUUCCAGUGUAUAAGUAUAUGGCUUGAUAAUGUGCCAUGUCAGUUUCCAGUUGACCCUUGAUCCACAAAGACCAUCUUGGGGACAGAUGUAAGUGGCUGUUGUACAGGCUUCAAAUAGAAUUGACGGAUGUUAAAAUGAGGGAAUGCGUGGGCUAUCCACCGUGGCAAAGAAAUAAGUCAUUGUGGAGAGGUCGAGCCAGGUUUGCUAUUACAGUUCUGCCUGCAUUAUCCAUUUGUCAAGCUUGUAACUUGGUAGGAAACAGUCUUUCAUUUAAAAGAAUGUCAGCAUCGAAUAUAGUUCAUUUUGAUGCAUUUGAUGUCAGUUAUACAAAUCUGUCACAAAUCCCUAGAAUGUGCCGCAGAUUAAUACAUAAAUCUUCCAGAGAUUAAAUUGAAAAUGAGUUUUUUCAGAGGAAGAAUAUGUAGACGUGGCAUAGUUUUUUGUAGUGAACUGACCUUGAUUUCUUUCCCCAACCUUUUAGAGGAUUCGCCUAAGAAGCAUCCUUUCCCUUGUCCAACAACGUAUCGAACUGCUCUGCUGCACUAUGUGGACAUUGCCAGCGUAGUCAAGACUCAUGUGUUGAGGGAAUUAGCAGAAUACGCCAAAGACUUUCACCACAAAGACUUUCUCAUAAACAUUACAGAUACCACAGAGGAGGCGAAAGUAAGUCAAGUAGUUAGCUGCCUAUUGUGAUUAAUUGGAGUAAUUACAUUAGUUUUAGCUUCGCUACACUUACAUACAUACACUGAUUACAGAUAGCCGUUACGGCACCUGAAGGAUGAUCAUGAGGUUAUCCCUAUAUUAAGGUCUCUCAUUACAGAUAACGCACCCAGCCCAGGAAGGCUAAAAUACUGGAACACACUCUAAUCGCCCUGUUUAUCGAUCUUUAGAAACAAUACCACGACUGGGUUAUGAAUCCACACCGUCAUAUCGUUGCUGUGUUGGAGGAUCUACCAUCCCUAAGACCACCACUGGAUCACUUGUUAGAGCUUCUCCCGCGACUGCAAUGCCGCUACUAUUCCAUCUCAUCAUCGCCAAAGGUAGAGUAGACUUGCAAACUACAGUUAAGGAAGCGUAAUUUCUGUAGUCAACUAGUCUUUAUGCAAUUAUGCAUAGCAUUUUUUACCGCUCAGUCAGUAGAGCACUUGACCGGGAGGUCGCGGGUUCAUUUUCCAGGACUGGACCAUACCAAUACAGUGCCGGAUCCAGACCUUGAGAUAAGGGGCGGGGGGGGGGAGGGGGAGGGGGCCGGUCAUCCAGACCCUUAGAUAAGCGGGGGCAGGUAUCCCAAAAAAAUAUUUUUCGGUCCUUCGAGCCUCAGUUUGGUCUAAAAAUAAGGGGGGGGGCUGGGCCCCCCAGGCUCCUCCCCUGGAUCCGCCCCUGCAAUACUGAGGGUCCUAAAAUAACUGAGAAAUGAAGGUACUGCCUUUGCCCUGAAAAUGCUUAGACCUUAACGUGGCUCCCAUGACCACGUAGAACGGUGGUCCCGUCUCCAGUAGAAGAUCACGUAAACGUAGUGUUCUUAAUCAAUACUUUCGUGCUAAAUACAUUGACUCUCGUUUUACACUAAUCUUGCGGUUGCUUAGUCUGCUACCCAGCCGUUUUUAGUGUCGUCACGCAACGCUCCUGUGGUUGCUCAGCUAUCAUUUUGCUUGAAAAGCAAGUUUUUCGGGGGUCUGAAAAUUCUUAAAGUAUAGGAUUUUUUUAGUCGUAGGGAAUCUGAUAAUUUGUGGAACGACAGAUGAUAAAAAUUUUCCAACAAGUUUGUGUUCUUCUGUCACUCCUAUUAUAUCUCGUUUUCACACAAGAGUACAGUAAAUAUUAAGUUGAAACGACCGCAUUUCUCUUACUUCUGACUAAAUCUACUGUGACAAUUAAAAGUACCGGAAUUUGGUGAGACUGUCCGGUCCAUGCUGCGGUUUAAGGUCGUGACUUUUUGUGCUUUGCUUUUUAAAAGAUGUACCAGAACUCCAUUCACAUCACUGCGGUACUUGUACGAUGGACCACAUCAACUGGUAGAGUGCAGAAGGGUGUGGCCACUACCUGGCUAUCAACCAAGAGGCCCAAAGGUGAGUACUCUUUUGCACGAAAUAAUACCUAACAAACAGACUAUUCCCUAAAUCUCUAUGUAACAAUUGCAGAAACCAAUUGAAAAUGAACCUCUAUUAGGCGGUCGCGGUCACCUUUUGGCCAUCCCGACGAGAUUUCUCCUAUAGUUGUCACCUCUAUUAAGCGGCCAUCAAACGCUUAAUUCACGUUUGAUUCACUUAGUGUGGCUUUAUUAAGAAAAAUAUGAUGAAGUGAAAUACAGCCCGAGAUAGAAGGUGACGACUGAUUAUGAGUUAUUAAUGCCGCUCCCGUCGCGUUGGAUUCCAUGUUGUAUUGCUUUUGUUCAUUCGGGAGAUUUUACCAACGACGACCACGACGUCAUUUGUGAUAACCCUUAAGGAAGGUCUCAUACUCAGGUGCAAUUCCACCAAUUCGGUUUUGGCUCUAUUAAAUGCUUUUCAUCUACAAUCAUCGACAAAAGUCUUGGGACACUUUUGCAUUUCUGGGGCGUUUACCAAUUCACACAGGUCCAACCCUUCGCCUCACCCCACAAACAAUGUUGGACGCGUGUAUCCAGAAUUUUUUCCGAGUUUCAACUUUGUAAAGGGUGGGGGGAGGGAGAACUGCAAGAAAAUUCCAAAAAGGAUGCACUGUUUAAUGAGGGAACCGAGAAAUGACAGAAAAAUAUGAAUAUUGCAUUAUUGUGUCAAAGAUUUUUGUCCAUGAUUGUAGUUAUUGGGCAAAUUUCGUAAUUUUUCUUCUACAUUUUCUUCCUUUGCAGAAGGAGAACCUCCUCGCGUUCCAAUCUUUGUCCGUAAAACCCAGUUCCGUCUGCCGUUUAAAUCAGUGACACCUGUUAUCAUGGUGGGGCCUGGGACGGGCUUGGCGCCUUUCAGAGGAUUCAUACAGGACAGACAUAUGCAGAAACAGAAUGGUGUGCACAGUAAAAUCAAAUUUUUAAAACAGCAAAAUGUGUCAUUUCGUGUUGUUAAACACUGAAAUAUUAGUAGCGUUAUGUAAGAGGUUUCAUUGGAAUCGUCUCAACAUAGGAUUUUGUCCAAAGUUAGAACUACGUACUAAAUAAAUAGUACCACGUGAAAGUACUGUCGGAGUGGUUUUAUUUCAAUGGUCACAACCAAGGAUUUUGUUAACACGCUCAACAGUAAGAACUACCAAGAGCCAUAAUGGCUCUUGAACUACAUGAUGAUUCACGACAUAUCUCUGUUAGUGACGUUGAUAAUGAAAUGUAGUGUUUGUGUGUGUGUGUGUGUGUGUAGUAAAUGUUAUUUUAAAAAAAAGACAUUUCAAGGCGAACACCUCCCUAAAAGGGACACCUAGAGUACUCGUCAAAAAUCUUGAAACAAUUGUGUGCGUUUCUCCUUCCUCAAUGUUGAUUUGGGUAUUACAGUCGUCUCAGUGCUCCAAAAUACGCGUGGCUCAACAUUGGGGAAGGAGAGGUGCAAAUUUGAGUGAGAACCCAAGUGCGAUAAGUGAAUGUAAGAAAGUUUCGAGAAAAUUCACAAGAAACGGUGUCUUUUUAGUUCUUUUUCAACGAUUUGUGACGAGUAUUGUGGUCCCUGUUGUUCCUCAGUAAUAUUUUUUGACUCUUUCUAAGGCAGAAAACUCCCUAAAACGAACGCCUAAAGUUGGUCCUUACUGUUUUUCAAUCAUUUUCUUUUAUAAAUCUUAGUUUAAGGCGAAAACCUCUCUAAGGCAGACACUUAAACUUAUAGUGUCCGUCCGUGUUCACCCGGUUACGAACUAGUCCAUUCUAGAGACCGCGACGAAAAAUGUCCGUUCACGGCGCUUUUUACACAUUUAUAGGUGAACGCGUUUACUCAUAUAAGCGGACUCGCGUGGACAUAACCUUGUAUCACGGCAAAAUAAGGUCUUUUUUUGUUAACAGGGAAACAAAUUGGAGACAUUGUGUUGUUUUUUGGAUGCCGCAAGAAGAGUGAGGAUUACAUAUAUGAGGAUGAACUUACCUCUUAUGAAAAAGAUGGAACAAUCGCUGACCUGCAUGUGGCUUUCUCCCGCGACCAGGUGAGA